AUGCAGCUCACCAACAUUAUUACCUUUAUGGCACCAAUUAGCCUUGCCUCAGCGUACACAUUCAGAGGCAGCGUUAACUACUGCAACCAAGACCGCGGCGAGCUUAUCUGGUACAACAAUGCCAAAAAUGUGUGCCGUAGUUUCGGUGGAAAGGGCUUCGCGUCCUUCAACUUUGUGGACGUAGGCCCGAACACCGCGUGUUUUAUUUUCCCCGCGGAAAACUGCCAAGGAGGCGCUACACAGUACAACAUUGGCUCGAGCGGCUCGACGGGUUGCCGGGAUAGCUCAUCCGGCUGGGUGUACUCUGUUGCUUGCAGCUAA